AUGUCAGGGAUAGAAGUCUCGUCAGUGGACCAUAAUGAGACUGGAAUCUCUCCAAUAGACGAUGGGACCUUCCUCCGCUUCUCCCCAACCUCUGCUUCCACUUCCGCGGCCGCCUCGUCGCCAGGACGUCAGGGCAACCUUUAUGUUUAUGUGUGGCUCUUCCUCGGCCUGCUGGUAUUCCUGCUGACGCUGCUCAUCAUCUCCCUCCACAGGCUGAAGAACAUCAUCUCCUCCUCUUCAUCUGUCCCUGACUGCAGCAGCGAGGGAGGGAGCUCCUUCACCAACAUGGAGAUCUGUAGCAUCUCCUCUCAGAGGUCCACCAUCUCCUCACUGUCCACUUGA